AUGCCCUCGCUGCGAGAUUUGGCAUUAGAAAGAAACCAAAAAUUAAAUCAGUUACGAGCCCGUAUCAACGAGACUAGCAAUUUGAAAAAAGGCGAAUUCGGUACCUCUUCUUAUUCUGAGGCUUCAGAUGGGUCGGUAAGUGGCCUUAUUCAUCAUAAUGUGAAGGCCUCCAAUUCGCUGGAUACUCUUGGACAGGAAAUCAUUCAUAGCGGAAAGCAGAAGGAAAGCCAGCAGUCAUACAUUCCUCUUGAGAAAAGUCAACAGCAGCAACGGAUCGACCGAAUAUGCGAAACGAGCGAUCUUAAAGCCAAAUUGGCGCCUGCUAUGGAAGUGCUUGAAAAGAAGACAAAUGAAAAAAUCAAAGGCAUGAUAAGGAAAAAGAUACUACAGGAGUCAAACAGAACCGAAACGAGCCCUUGA